AUGCUAAGUGUUAAUGUUAUUCUUUUUUCUGCAACAUUCAUAUUUAUAUUUGGUAUAAAAUUCUGUAAUGCAACAGUGUCGUGUGCAACUUGUCAAUCGAUUUCUUUUAAUCUAACGACUGAUACAGAUUUAAAUACUGAUGGAUGCACAUUGGAAGAAAAAGAAGUGUGUUCACUUAUAUUACGUGUUGAUUAUACAAAUAGCAACAAUAGUUUUGCCCUUAUCGAUGGUUCUCAAGAAGAAGUAUUAAUUUUGACGAAUGGUGAUCCUCAAGUCAGUGAAGAAACAUUCAUUUGGUUUAAUCAACUACGUGUUCAACGUAUGGCAAAUAUAUUAUGUUUUGCUGGAACCAGUUGCGGAUUAGAUCUUAUCAAACAAAUAUAUCGAGAUCAAUUUCGUUCUUUUGACUACAGAACAAUUCAAAAUAAAUUAGUUAAUCUAUUAUAUUCAUCAACUCCAAGUUCAGACUUAACAUGUGCAGAUUCAACAGGUUCAGCUAUUCCAUGUAAAGAUGGAUUUUGUCGAUUAAUUUCAGCUGGAAAUAAAGCAAUGCAAUAUUCAACUUGUGUGAAGAAAGGAGCAUUGCCUAACCCAUAUGGUAUAACAGUAAUCAAAUCAACUCUGACCGAUAUAUUUGGAGAACAAAUUUCUAUUAUUUUUACAUGUAACAAACCAAUGUGCAAUUCAGCAGAAAAUGCAGAAGAAGUUUAUCAACUAUUAGCUUCAGCCAACAUUAUUCCAGGAGCUACUACAACAACACAAACAGCUUCAACAACAACACAAACAGCUUCAACAACAACACAAACAGCUCCAACAACAACACAAACAGCUCCAACAACAACACAAACAGCUCCAACAACAUCAACAGUAGCAACAACAACACGAAAUGCUAGCAUUAAAAUACUAAAUAAUAAACAAAUAUUAUUAAUUUCUUUUUUAUUUUUAUAUGCUAUGUUUAAAUUUUGA